UUCUGCCGCAUCCCGAUCUGGCCCUGUGAACAGCAGCAAUCAGCACGAGAAGGCAGAAGAAAGGCUGCGCAACCUCCUUACACCCAACGGUAAUCCUCACUACCGAGAGAAGGCUUGCUGCCUCAGAUAAGCCGGGGUUGGAACCGAAGGCGAAACCAAGAACCUUUGUACACCAGGCUCCGAAGUGAUGCAUCAACCAUGGGCUGCUGUGGUCGUGGUAGCUGGAAUCCUGGCGACGGCAAGCGCUGCUUGCGACGACGUCGACAACUAUCUCGGCAUCCCGAAUCCGCUGACUGGCGACAUGGAGAUCGACCUCGAGGGUGUAAGCAGUGUCGAGUGUGCAGAGAUCGAGACUGACGCUGGCAACGAAAUUCUGCUGGAACAGAUCGUCAUUGAUGGGGGAAGCGUCACCUUGAAGAGCUCCAGCUACGUCCGAUUCGUCAACAUAGAGUUCGACGUCAAGCCUGGAGCCACCCUGGUGUUCGACAUGCCUGAGACGUACUUCGGGCCCAACACGGCGCGCAAGGAGGGUACGUGGUACUACAACAGCUUCGGCAUGAACGUCGACGAAGGAGCGACCGUAACCUUUGUGGGGGGCGUUGUGGCCAGCGAUGUCUCCAACGCCUUCACCGCGUUCUACAACAGGGGGUCCAUGGAAUUCCAAGAGACGGCUCUGUUCGAGGACGGCACGUACGUCUUCUACGAGAACCAAGGAACCAUCAAAUUCCGUGGAGACGCCACCUUCCGGAACAACCGAUUCCACGCCAUACAGAACAUUUUUUCGGGCUACAUCAGGUUCUCCAAGGACGUUCUCUUCGAUGGGAACUCGUACGAGACUGACAUCAUCGGCACCUGCAGCCUCUCCUGCAUCGACGAGGAAUCCAGAAUUGUCGUGCGAGGGGAUGCGGUCUUUCAGAACCACAACUGCCCUGGAGUGGCGCUCUGGCAACUCUACGGUACCACAAAGUUCUACGGGAAGGCGUACUUCAACAACAACUCCCGCGAUAAAACCACAUUCGACUACAACUUGGACGGGAACCUCGGGGGCGCGGUCGUUGUGUCUGGCGGCACGAUGACCUUCAACGGGGCCGUGCAGUUCAACGACAACUCCGCUGAGGCGUUCGGUGGUGGACUCGGCAUCGAAGACGGCGACGUAAUCUUCAAGAAAUGGACCACCUUCGACGGCAACUCUGCCGAUAAUGGAGCCGCCUUCGCUAUGACAGGGGGGACGCUCACGUUCCAGGAACCGAAAGUUGUGACUCGGUUCACCAACAACGACGUCUAUGAAAACGAGUACCCGGUCGAAGAAAGCUGCACGGUGGGGUUUGUGGCCGAUGAAGCCCUCGUGAUCGGCUUUCCCGGUGACGACAUCUGCGUCGCAGGCGGUUCCAGCCGCAAGCUGCUGUAGGAAGGCACAAUUUUUUGGCAGCAACCACGGGAAGUCGUCGGCAUCAUUCUUACCAAUGUCGACUACGAUCUGCAUUUCGUGUUUUUCCAAGCCGAAACGUGAUCACCUGCUUCGGUAGUGUGACUAAGCGAACGAAAAGGAUCUGGCAACCUUCGUAAGCACGAUCCAAGCCCCGGAUCUUGUCCAAGAUAUUUUGGGGUGAAGACGUUGACAGAACGGUGUCCUGAACCCUGGCUGUACGUUAGGCUGUACCGCGAUGUGAUUGGUGUAUGCAUACGUCAUCGACAUGUGCCCGGGAGAUACGAAGCCCGACGGAGGCAAAAGCGUUGGAUGAGAACCACAUGCACAGUAUGUGCAUUUUGCUGAAGCUCAUGGAACAAAAAGCCCAUUUCAGAGCCUUGCGAAAGCUACCGAGAGGCCAGAGCGGGUUGCCGGCAGAAAUCUUCUCGAGCACAACGUCCUACAUGCUAUCGUUCCGGGCUCAUUUGCAAGGCAGGAUUUGUCGUGGAAGAACAAUUUUUUGUUGUAUCUGGUCGAUGGAAGCUAGGGCCGACUCGUACGAACGUAGUUUUGGCAGAGGCUGGGUUUCUCUGCGAGGGUUCCGCCACAAGUGGCCGCUAGAUAUUGUUUUUUUGUUGUAGACGUUCUCAACCAGGCUCAUAUGUGGUGCUCAACUUCUUCGAUACGACUGGUGUGGUAUGUGUGUUUCCGGGCUUGCUUUCAGGUUGUCAACUGCCAACUUUGUAAUGCGGGCACUAACUGUUGUAUGGUUGGAGACUGUGCAUAGCUCACGUCAGUUCGUAAUAGGUUGCAGGGGGUCGUUGGUAGUCCUUGACGGCAGUCUCAGGGCCAUUUCGAAUGUGUUCCGGAUCGACAAAGUACAACGAGAUCAAAAUUGAAAGAAAGGAAGAACAAGCCCAAGGGGCAUUCAGCCUAAACGGGGAAAAACAGGCU